GUGAAUUCGUAGCAUAUUUAAUAUAGAGUUAUUUGAUCAGGUUCAACACCAAUCAAUAGAAACGGCCAGGAAACCGGCAUAGCCCUCCUAGAAUGGCCGAGGUUUAUCAGGCUUCAGAUCAAACUCCAUGCAAUCAACACUGUCUGGUAACCUCAAAAGACUUUGUCAAGCUUCAUUCCUCAUGGCCCAAUGGUCACGGCGUCUGGCUACGAUUUGUAACCACUUCUGGAACCAGAAGAUUCCAGGUUCGACUCCUGGUGGGGAAGCUUUCCUUUUUGUAUCCCGGAGAAAGGCCCACUCCUGACAAUACAGUAGCCACGUAGGACUGGAAUCAGUGAGCACGGAUUUGUGAAACCUCUGUGCAUCGCUCAACCACUAAUCAGGACCUAAAACCUGACUGAUGUGUCAUACUUCGAGUUUCCCAGGACUCCCCCUAAAUAGUUUUAUACCGGCGUAUGCGUAUGCGAUUAAGUGGCCUAAGGGUCUAGUCAAUCCCAUAAUAAGUAAUGCAUCGUGCAACGGCC